AUGGCACUCCAGCGUGAAGGUGUAACUGGUCCUGUGGACAAGAAACGACUCUUGCACGGCACUGUCGACGACUGGGCGGCCAUACGUGGAAUCUGCCACAACAACGUCGACUUCAGACUCAGUGGGAAGAACGGCACUGUCUAUGGCGAUGGUGCAUACUUUGCCAGGGAUGCCAAGUACAGUCACUGCUACACUCGAGGUCCUAUUCGAUCCAUGCUCCUCUCGAAGGUCCUCGUCGGUCAGUACAAGGGAGACAAUUCCUACAGAAGACCUCCUGCCAGGGCCGGUCAUACUCUCUAUGACUCCUGCAUCAAUGUCAUGGCAGAUCCAUCCAUCUACGUCAUCUUAGACACCGCACAACGCUACCCCUAG